UUGCCAUGUAUUGAGAAGUAACAACACAUAUAAAUUUCAUCAUUUUAAAAAUGACUUAAGACACACUUCAGAAAAUUAUGUAGAAUUUAGAAAGAUUUCAAUUAUUCAUUUGAGAAGCAAAUAGUAUUUUCAGGAAAAGAAAAAACUAUCAGAAAACCCGGAGAAAAAAAAUAUAUUUUCGAACAAUCUGAAAUUUAAAAAACGUUGAAUAUGGCCAGACGUUCGAGACCUUCGACUGCCAUAUUCAAAAAAGCAACAUCGUUACAGAAAGCUGAUUCAGCGGAAAUCCGCCGUACGAACAUUUACUCGUCGUCAAUUUUAAAAGCCCGUGCCGAGAGUAUUGAGCGACUUAGCAUUGAGGAACCCAGAACUUGCCAACAGAGCGGUGCGAAUUAAAAGUUAAAAAUGAACAAUUGACACCGCAUUCCCAUGUCAUUGAGACGGCGUAAAAAUGGUUGAAUUUGAAGUAGAACGUCGAAGGAAACAAUAUGCAAAAACCAAUUUGGAAGCAGAAUUUGAGAAAGCCGGCUUGACUGCAAGCGAGUUAAUGCCCACCGAAGAACAAUAUUACAUACUAUCAGAAUAUGCUUUUAAGCAUUUUUUGCCUUUAAGUUUUUUUGAUGACUCCAAUUAUGAUACACAUUCCCCCACAGCCUGGCUAAAAUUAGGACAAAUUGAAAGUGGCGAAUUUUACCCUUUACCCGCAAAGGCAUUCCUGCCGGUAAAUCAGAGGUUAAUGGACUAUCACUGGCAAUUCGCAGCUAUCCAAAGCUAUGACGACGACACUGGUAAAUGGACAGCUAUGAACUUAUCAGAUGAGCACGUGUAUGAAGUACCUAAAGUACAAGUCAUGUUUAUGGCCUAAAAUCCAUAUAUUUUUGUUGAGCGCCUGAAGAAAGCCGUGCAGGUACGUAAUGAGGCCGAGACUGUUAUCAUGCUGGAAACCAUAGUUGACUGUGUAAUGCUACAAGAUUUAAGCGAGCUACGUAUUUAUCCUAAUAAGUUGGUGGAUAGGCUGAUGAGUAAAGUAAAAACGGAUCCUACAUUUUUUAAUCAACUCAAUACGGAAAUCUAUGAGUUUGAAAAGUUCGUUAAAUUGCUGCCCAAGGAGUUUCCAAAAUUUACCGGUGACGUAAUUCGAAGUUCCUUGCCAAAGGCAUUUCCUUCAAUACUCAGCGGCAGCGAGCGACGCUUGGUUAAAAGUUUAGUUAUAAAGCUAAAACAAAAGCGUACGAGCGUCUUAACAUAUUCACUUUAUUAUACUAAGGGUGAUAUGCAGAAUGUAACUCAGGAAUGUAAACAUAUAGAAACGAUGACGUUAUUUUUGAUUAAUUUUGCAAAGCCUUCGUUUUUAAAUGAUUUCCUGCAAGCUCAAGAUCAAAACAGUUCACAUGUGUCUAAUUAUCUGAAGUCGUUUUGGCCUUCAAAAAUUUCCGCAGGCGUGACAAUUGUUUUAAGAGCCUUAGGUAAAGGCGGGUUGGACAUAACUCUGGACAAAUGGAGCGUGUAUCAAAUGUGUAAGAUUUCUCGCUUUAUUCUGCAAGUAAAAUUCCGCAUGCAAGAAUCUAUGCAUGUUUUAUUAGAGAAAUCGAUAUCAAAUUUCAAACAAUUCCUUUGCGACCCUUGCAUGCAAAUGCUUAACAUUUCCAACGAUUACAAAUGGGCGAACAAUUAUAUUGAGACUGCAUUUCCGUUUCCUAAAGCUAUCUUCAGCUUAAUAUUGAGUGUGUCAGAAGACGGAAAAGUUGUAUUCAAUACGAAUCCGGAAGAAUUUCAAGUCGCAAUGAAAGAAAUAUUCAAAAAGAGUUUGGAAAAGACAAACGCAGUGCGUUGCAUAGACGCGAAGACAUUGAUCAGUUUAAGAUUUGCCCCCAAUCUUUUCAUACUCACUGUCGAGCUGAUAGAAGAAUUGUAUUUGGAAUGUGAUGAGCUUAUGCAGAGAUGUUAUGCAAAGGCUGUUAUACCAUUAAUCUCUUAUUCCCGUAAAUAUGAUCAUUAUGUGGAUUUCUACCUGCUUAACGUGCAACAGUAUAUGCAAAAUUACAAAGCAGCGAAAAAGUCUUCGUUGCAAGUUAAGACCGAUAUUUUGGAACACAAGCGUCAAAAGGAGGAACUACGUGUCACUUUGCCGCCAACCAUAAUUAUCUGCCCAUUUUUAGUUAUAGUUGAUCCGAUGAAACAGCAUAUGAUACGAAAAAGGAUAGAAAUUGUUAAAAAAAUUUUUGAAUAUUAUGUAGAUCGUAUGUAUGAUAUCAACGAACAUUUGAUAGAACGGUGUAUGGAUAUUUAUAAUAAAAUACAUGAACGACCACAAAGUAUAGAACAUCUUUACGAUAUACGAGAAUUCGCUCAAACAGUGCCCGAAGUAGUGGAUCAGGUUAAAGCCGAUACACAAAUUAUGGUCCUGGAAUACGACAUGUUAGAUUCUUUUUUCUACAAUUUGCCUGAUCAUCAAUUUGCUAUGAAGUGGGAGGCUGUUGCUUGGCCAAGGACUAUCAUAGAGCGUUUGUCUACGUUAAGAGAAGAGCAAAAAGUUGACAUUGAAGAUUUCAAGAGACUGCACUUAAGCGAAUGCAUUGUUUUCGAAGAACGCUUAGAAUCAUUAAAUGACGAAGUUCAGGCCUUCUCGCUAAUGUUCAUUCCUGAAAAGGUGCUGGAAACAGCUAAUGACAUUAAGAAAACAUGGAGAACUAUUAAGGAUUUGGAAAAAUUGGGUGAAACGCGCAAUGUAAAAAGCAUUUGUAAAGUUCCAGCAAGGCCG